AGUUUAUUACUCGAUGUCGCUUUCCAUAAGGACGUGUCGGACAUAUAAGAACAAAUAUAAUCGAAUCAGCGAGGAUUGGAAACGGUCAGAAAUGAACAGGUGGAUUAAAUGGAAAUCUGUGGAAACGGCCAGAGAUUAAGACGAUGAAUGUAAACACAUGAGGGAAAUCUACAUUACCCGUGUCUGUUAAAAUUAAGAAAUCAAAUUGAAAUUGAUUAUAGAAUAGACUAGGCAAUACGUUUAGUAGAUGGGAAGGAGUUUCUAACAAGAUAGAAGAUAUCUAAAUACAACAGAGACGUGUAGGUAUAAGUGAACCGGAUGACCGAUCUUUGACAAAACAAACCAGCUCUGACUAAAACUCCAUCCCCGGUAACAGGCACUGUUGGCGCGGGUGUGACAGAUUGUGGAGGCGUCCUGUUUACUACAAAUUAUACCGACUGUGUUAAUGAGGAUCAGUUUAAGAAAUAGCCAUCGGUCAGCAGACGUCUCCCGGGCCGUAAGCGGUUAACAGUGUUUGUGGUGAACAGAUUUACUACUGUGGCUAGCCGCUCUCUUUUAAUACCGUCCACGUUACAUAUCAGACCAUGCAGUUUACACAUAGCCAUGUGAUAACAGUGAUUUUAAUUGUCAUUAUUAUGGAAGUAAUACUCGUUGAAGGAAACUUCCAAUGUUUCCGGAAACAUCGAAAAGGAAGAAGAAAGGAGUAUUGUAAAGGACCAAUGAAGAAUAAGCGGAAGUACGGGUCACCAGAAAAAUGCUGCGCAAAAAGGGGACAGGGGUUCGUCACAAGAUUAAAAAGGAUAGGAAAGAAUAAGUACAAGUGUACUCCAUGUAGCCUUCUUCUGACCACCACCACCACACCCGUCACUACACCGAUGCCAGACUGGGGUGAGUGGGGCGAGUGCAGCACCUCAUGUGGAGCCGGAUGGAGGUCGAGGUAUCGGAUGUGUUCCGAUUGUGACAAGAACCACUUCAACAACGUACACUCUGAGCCGUGCAUGUUAAAUUUCUACUGUCCAGUGGACGGUAACUGGGGUCCUUGGUUUGGCUGGACCUCGUGUUCCGAAUCCUGUGGGGGAGGGAUUAGGACAAGGGAAAGGACAUGUAAUUAUCCCCCUCCCACCCACGGGGGCCGGGACUGUCCCGGGGGCACAGGCGAGGAACAAGAAUGUAACGAGGAUCCGUGUCCAAUUGACGGUAGCUGGGGGGCGUGGUCCCAUUACAGCCUGUGCAGUGUGACGUGUGGGACGGGCACGAUGACUAGAGCACGAGAGUGUGACAACCCGACCCCCCUGCACGGGGGGAAGUCCUGUCCCGGAUCGAGCAGAGACUCUAGGAGAUGUACCAACCGACAAUGUCCACAACACGGAGGUUGGUCACUAUGGGGAUCGUGGAACAACUGUCCAGUCAUGUGUGGGAUUGGUCAGAGGACCAGAACACGGGAGUGUAAUAGUCCACGCCCCUUGUUCGGCGGACGCAUGUGUCAGGGGCAGUCGGAGGAGGCGCUGCGCUGUGACGCUGGUCGACCGUGUCCAAGAAAUGGAGGCUGGUCAUCGUGGACUGACUUCGGUCGGUGUCGUGCAGCAAGAUGUCAGGAAGGUAUACAACUUCGGUCCAGGAGUUGUACAAGUCCCCGCCCCAAAUUCGGUGGGAGGCCCUGUGUGGGCCGACACAAGGAAGAGCAGAGGUGUGUCAACACUAUCAACUGCCCUAUUCAAGGUAAUUGGUGUAAUUGGCUCAGCUGGUCCGCGUGCACUGCUACAUGUACAGGUUUGAGUUCCAUGCAGGUGCGGCAGCGGAAAUGCGAAUGUCCCGUGCCCAACACGGGAGGGCAGGGCUGCUCAGGGGAGAGUUUUGAGGUUCGGGAAUGUGUCAACGUUCCACCAUGUAGGGGAUUGUCAGAGUUUUUUCCAGGAGGUGAUGGUGGCCGGACAGGGAGUAGCGGAGCGGACCUUUUCGGCUCGGGCGAUGGAAGUAAACCAAACGGUGACCAGGAAGAAGAUCCGAAGACUGUGACGACGGACCUGUAAGUCCCUUUUAAUGGACAUUCGGAUUAAUAGACCAUUUCUACCUGAAUGGUUCUUUAGAACAUACCAUUUCCAAGAAGAGGCAGUAAUAUACAUAUAAAUCACAGUGUGUCGUGACAUGCUCCAGAGCAGAAGCAUAUGGAAUGCUGAUAUAAAAGAUUCAAUGGGAAGAAUAAGGGCGGUGGUCUUCAUAUCCAUGGCGCAAACUUGUUUUCUACCGCCAGGGAACUACUAGUGCAAUCGUACAAGAGCAUUCCAGUGCAAACAUUUCAAAAUACCACAACCUGCACGAACCAGGGGAACCGGUGGUCGGUAAUAGGACAUUCCUGGUCUGUAGAUAGUAGUAUUGUAUGUUUUAAAUACUAUCUGUAUAAAUGUUUCAUACCCCGAUAAUGUGUUUGAAACCGGAACAUUACCAUGGACAAGUUAUAUUGUUGUGAUAUGUAAUUUCAUUUUGUAAUAUAUAUAAUAAUUAACAUUUAGUUCAAAUGCCUUGUUUUAAUUUUUUGUCUUACUUGAAGUUAUCAGUUAGUGUUAUUUGUGUAAUGUUCGUUAUCCAGUUGACAAAGCUUCUUGGCAGUCUCGCUCCAAAAUAUAUAUUGAAGGGAGACAACUCUAGCAAAACCAAAAGCUUUCUGUUAUGAACGCUCUGUGUAAAAUCCUCAUAGAAUAUGAAUAAUCAUUACAUGGUCUUCUGGAGAUUUUUCAUAAAGUUUCAGUCCUAGUGUUAAUCAUCUUUGGGAAACACAAGCAUGUCAAUAAAAAGUCAUAUUGAUCCCCUUAAAUCCAGCUUUGGAUUUGGCUGCUGUACCAGUGCUGUAGACAAAAAUGCCUAGGCUAUUAUCGAUUUAAAAAUAACUUUGUUACUUAAACAACAUAUAUAACCUAUGUGUGUAAUGGUUAUUAUUGCCAAUGUAUUGUGAGAGAUACCAGUACUUGACGGAAGAUUUGAAAAAAAUAAAGUAUGCUAAAAGUCGA